AUGAAUCAGCCGCGUCGCAAGUCGGCGUUCCGCAUCGAGCCGUUUCGGCACAAGGUGGAGAUGGACCCGCGAUACGCGGAGAAGACGUGGGGCAUUCUCGAGGACGCCAUCCACCAGAUCUACAACCACAACGCCUCGGGGCUCAGCUUCGAGGAGCUCUACCGGUACGCCUUUUAUCCUUCUAGAGGUGCCUCGUCCCUCCCUCCGUUGCUCCCUUCCUCGACGUGCGGCAUUCCCAACUCGAGAAUCUCGAGACCGCAUCCACCGCAUCUACAACCACAACGCCUCGGGGCUCAGCUUCGAAGAGCUCUACCGGACGCCAUCCCCCGCAUCUACAACCACAACGCCUCGGGGCUCAGCUUCGAAGAGCUCUACCGCAACGCAUACAACAUGGUGCUGCAUAAGUACGGCGGCCGCCUGUACGCGGGGCUGGUGGUGGCCCAACGCGCACAACAUGGUGCUGCACUGCACAAGUACGGUGACCGCCUGUACGCGGGGCUGGUCUGGUUGCUGCACUCACGGCUGUCUUUCCCUCCCUCUCUGUGUUUACCCAUCUAUGUUUCCCCCGCCAACCAGCAACGCGCACAACAUGGUGCUGCACUGCACAACAACGCGUACAACAUGGUACUCCAUAAGUACGGUGACCGCCUGUACGCGGGGCUGGUGAGCACCAUGACGGCGCACCUCAAGGGCGUGGCGGCGGCUAUAGAGGCCGCCCAUGGUCCUCUGUUCCUCAACGAGCUGGAUGCGAGGUGGCACGACUACGGCAAGUCUCUUCAGAUGAUCCGAGACAUCCUCAUGUACAUGGACCGCACCUACGUGACCAAUCACAACAAGACACCUGUGCACGACCUCGGCCUCGCCCUCUGGCGCGACCACAUCGUGCGCGCCCCCGCCAUCCGCCCGCGCCUCCUCUCCACCCUCCUCUCCCUCAUCCACCAAGAGCGCUCGGGCGAAGUGAUCAACCGCGCCCUCAUGCGAUCCAUAUCGUCCAUGUUCGCGGAUCUCGGCCCGGCGGUCUAUUCGGAGGAUCUGGAGCGUCCGUUUCUGGAAGCCUCCGCGGCAUUUUACCGGGGGGAGGCUCAGAGGUAUCUGGGGACGUGUGAUUGCGCGGAUUAUUUGAGGGUGGCGGAGAGGCGGUUGGAGGAGGAGGGGGAGCGCGUGGCGCAGUACUUAGAUGCGCGCACGGAGGGGAAGGUGACGGGUGUGGUGGAGAGGGAGAUGGUGGGGAAUCACCUCAGGUUGCUCGUUGACAUGGAGAACUCUGGGCUCGUGCCCAUGCUGGUCAAUGCCAAGUAUGAGGACAUUGCGCGCAUGUAUCGCCUUCUGAAGCGUGUGCCAAGUGGCCUGCAGACGAUGCGGGAGGUGAUGUCGGGGCAUUUGAGGGAGACGGGCCGGCAGCUGGUCACUGAUCCGGACAGUGUUGAGACGAUGAGGGAGGUGAUGUCGGGGCAUCUGAGGGAGACGGGCCGGCAGCUCGUGACUGAUCCCGACAGGUAUGACGAUGGUGCAAGGACGGAGUUUGUGCAGCGCCUCUUGGAGGAGAAGGACAAGUGCAAGGACCCCGUUGAGUUUGUUCAGCGCCUGCUGGAGGAAAAGGACAAGUGCAAGGACCCGGUCAAGUUUGUGCAGCACCUGCUAGAGGAGAAAGACAAGUGCAAGGACCCGGUCGAGUUCGUGCAGCGCCUCCUGGAGGAGAAGGAUAAAUAUGACCGAAUCAUCUCGGCCUCAUUCGCCUCUGAUAAAGCCUUCCACACGGCCCUCUCCACCGCCUUUGAGUUCUUCCUCAACCUUAACGCUCGCGCUGCCGCAUAUCCGCCCCUUCCUAGGCUGCUAGAGGAGAAGGACAAGUACGACCGAAUCAUCUCCGCCUCCUUCGCCUCAGACAAGGCCUUCCACACGGCCCUCUCCACGGCCUUUGAGUUCUUCCUCAACCUCAACGCGCGCGCUGCCGAGUACAUCUCUCUCUUCAUCGACGACAAGCUGCGCAAGGGGCUCAAGGGGGCGAGCGAGGAGGAGGCCGAGGCGGUGCUCGAUAAGGUCAUGACUCUGUUCCGGUUCCUGCAGGAAAAGGACGUGUUUGAGAAGUAUUACAAGCAGCACUUAGCUAAGCGCCUGCUGUCCGGGAAGACGGUUUCGGAUGAUGCGGAACGGAGCUUUAUUGUGAAGCUUAAGACUGAGUGUGGGUACCAGUUUACGUCGAAACUCGAGGGCAUGUUCCUGGAUAUGAAGACGUCUCAGGAUACGAUGCACGCGUUUCACUGCGCGUUACAGGCUGAGGCUGCGGCGGCGGCGGUGGCGACGGGAGGAGGUGUGGGAGUGGUAGAGGAGAGGGGGGGCGGAGAGGGAGAGGUGGAGGAUCCGGCUAAUGGGGUUGCUGCUGCUGCUGCUCUUGCUGCCACUGCUGCUGGUUUACGGGAGGAAGGAGGGGAUGAGGGUGGGGAGGAGGAAGGAGAAGGGUCUGCACGCGGGGGAGCAGCAGUAGCAGCACUCCGCACCGAACCAGAUCUUGCCCUCGCCGGACCGUCCGGCACGGCAGCAGGCUCGGGAGCCGGCUCGUCAUCAUCAGCAUCGGCGGCAGCAGGAGGGGCGGCAGCGGGUGGAUUAUUCCAAGGGCCGACUCUAUCCGUCCAGGUGUUAACUACAGGGUCUUGGCCCACCCAGGCCGGUGCCAGAUGCAACCUCCCCGGGGAGAUCCUGCCCAUCUGUGAGAAGUUCACAAGGCACUACCUGACGACGCACACCGGGCGGCGGCUGACGUGGCAGAUGAACAUGGGGCAUGCGGACGUGAAGGCCAUGUUUGAGUCACGGAAAUACGAGCUGUCGGUGUCCACCUACCAGAUGUGCAUUUUAAUGCUCUUCAACACGCACGACUCCCUCACCUAUCGAGACAUAGAAGCUGCUACAGAUAUCCCCUCGGCAGACCUGCGACGCAACCUGCAGUCGCUGUCAUUGGUGCGAGGGAAGAAUGUGCUGAGGAAGGAGCCGGUGGGCAAGGAGGUGGGGGAUGAUGACACGUUCCACUUCAACCACAAGUUUACUUCCAAGUUCUUCAAGGUGAAGAUCGGGACCAUUUCCGCUCAGAAGGAGACAGAGCCGGAGAAGGCGGAGACGAGGCAGAAGGUGGAGGAGGACAGGAAGCCGCAGAUCGAGGCGGCAAUUGUUCGCAUCAUGAAGUCGCGACGCAUGCUGGACCACAACAACCUUGUCAGCGAGGUGACAAAGCAGCUGCAAGCGCGAUUCCUGCCCAACCCGGCAGUCAUCAAGAAGCGCAUAGAGAGCCUGAUAGAGAGGGAGUUUCUGGAGCGCGACCGCAACGACCGCAAGCUCUACCGCUACCUCGCCUAA